CUGCACACCAAAUCUGAUUUUUUUGCCCUUAAGUGAUACAGAUCGGAUUAUUUUUGCCAAAUAUCGAUCACAUCAGGUCGCUGAUACUAACCCACUAUCGACCUUUGGAUCGACCCACACUACCCAAGUUUUCUGCGGACGGGAUCACAUCUGCAGUUGAUGCUCCGUGAAUGAAGUUUAGUUUAGUUUUUCCAAGAAAUUAGUUCAAUCUUUUAAAACUUUCACCCCGUUAAUAUUUUAACUUUGCAUCGUAAAGUCACGUAAAAAAAAAAGGAAGACUUCACCAGACUAUGAGGAGCAUCCAGGCUCGGCCACGAGCAGCACGGAGGAGCGAGUGGCUGCGGUGCGCCUUGGCCCACCACCACGACCCCAAUCCGGGCGUGGAGAACGAGAUAGUCGUCCUGGCCACCGGCAUCGACCAGUACUUGCAGGAGGUCUUCCACCAUCUUGCUUAUCCCAACCGGGAGGACAAGGUGUCGGCGGAGGACUUCACCACGCUGUGCUCGGUGCUGGGCGUCCGGGAGAAGAGCAGCAAACAACCCGGGGAUGAAGACGGUGAUGACGGGGAGCUCGGCCAUGUUUGCUCCGGGCUGCCGUGCCAGUUGACUUUUAAGGACUUCCACGCGCGUCUGUGCGGCUUCUUUCGGCUGCGGGACUGCGGCUGGCGGCUGCCCGUCACGGAGGAGACCGAGCUGGUGGAAAGACAGAUUCUUCUCCGGUGGCCUCGGCUGAGGAGGAGAAAAGAUGCCACCGUGGAAGUGACGAGGAAAGCGGACGACACCGAGUCAGAAGAGUUAGCCGCUCUCAGAGAGUUAGUGGAGGACCUUCGCUCAGCACUGCAAGGCAGCGACGCCCGUUGCCUGGCCCUCGAAGUGGCUCUGAGAAGAGAGCGGGACCGCGCUGUCCCUCCCACCCCGACGACUGUUUCCUACCCCGCAUCCUCUGUCUCCCUCAUACAAGGCAAACUGGUGCCCACACGCCGCAUCAAAGGACGCGCUGACGCAGGCGACGGAGUCAGAAGGUUUGGCAGGCGAUGGGAGACAUGGGACCCCCUCUUCAGAGAGUUGAAGCUGAUCCGUUCAUCUCGUGACGGACAGCUGGAAGAGGCCAUCAAGUUCAACGAACGUCUGGAGCAGGAGUUGCGAUGGGCAUACCAGGAAGUGCGGACACGUCAGGUGGCGGAAUCUGCUCUGAGGAGGGAGAACAACCAAAUUAGGAGGCGAGCGGAGGAGGCCAGAGAGGCUUUGAGCUUGGGCCUUGAGAGGGUCAGAAGGAUUCAGGAACAAGCUGAAUCUGUGCCACAGCUUCAGUCCAGGAUCAGCCAGCUGGAGAUGGAACUGGAGCAGUACAGAUUCAGUUGUGUCUGUCUCCCUGACGCUGCCUCACCCAGAGGAGUCGCAAGCUACCCGAAAACAGAUGCGGAGUGUCUGCAAAGAGCGGUGGAGGGCCGAGCUGCCUCCGACGAGGAGGAAGAGGGCCACAGGGGGGCCGUGGAGCAAGGACAACGCUGCCCCCCGGAGGCGAAGAAGCACAUCAACCCACCGCACGGCUGCGCUAAAGGAUGUCAGAGUCACAUCGUCCAGCAGCGCUGCUCUAAGGGCCAACAAAGCAGCGAGUCAGAGGCCAGCAGGGGGCGCUGCAGCUGGCCCAGACUAAACCAAGAGUUGGGGGAGGAGAAGGAGGAGGCCAAGACGAGCCUGGAGGAGAAAGAACGUGCGAGGUUGUCUCUGCUGGAGGAAAAGUUCAGGGAUUCUCUCCUGUUGCUGCUGCAGCUGCGGAACAAGAAGGUGUCCCGCAGGGAACUGGGCACAAUCGUGAUGGAGACGUUAGACAUGUGCAGUAACCAUGGAGACGGUAGACAUGUUGUCACAUACUCACCUUCCACUUUGCUCCUCCUGACCCUCGCAUCUCACCUGCAGGUCCAUCUGAGGUCCUGCAGGUGGCCGACACCUUCUACAUGCACUUAUCCUCCAGGGAUUGCCUGGGCGAAGGGGGCGGAGCCAAAGGUGGCGCGAGGGAGAGCAAACAGCCGAGCGGCACCAACCCUCUGCUCAUCUCCUGCUAACCAAGCUCAAUUACCCACAAUUCUCUUGUUGCUGUUUACAAUUUAACAACGGAACCACAUUUAAUUUAAUUCAUAUUUAUGUUGAUUAAAGUUCUAAUCAUGUUUACCUUUUUAGAAAUGACCUUUUUGUUUGUGUUUUUAUAAUGUGCAUGUGUGGCUUGACAGUGCAGGAAACUCACAGCACUUGUUCCACAUUUUGUUAUCUUACAGCCUUAUUGUAAAAUGGAAUAAAUUCAUUUUUGUCCUCAAAAUUCCACAGACAAUACCCCAUGAUGACAAUGUAAAAAUGUUUUUAUAAAUUUUUUUCAAAUGUAUUAAAAAAAUAAAAUAAUCACAUGUACAUAAGUAUUAUUAUUGAUGCCCCUUUGGUAGCAAUUACAGUCUUUUUGAAUUCUUGGCCCACAUAUUCCUCUUUGCAGCACCUCUCAAGCUCCAUCAGGUUGGAUGGGAAAGGUUGGUUUUCAUCCAGGAUGUCUCUGUACACUGCUGCAUUCAUAUUUCUCUCUAUCCUGACUGGUCUCCUACUUCCUGCCGCCAAAAAACAUCCCGACUUGUUUUUUAAAUACAUUUAUAAUUUAUUAAAAAUUUAUAAAUAAAUAAAAAAAACUUUGUACAAUGUUACUAUUGGGGUAUUGUGUGUAGAAUUUUGAGGACAAAAGUGAAUUGAUUUUAUUGUGGAAUAAGGCUGUAGCAUAACAACAUGUGGGGAAAAAAAGUGAAGCACUGUGAAUACAUUCCAAAUGAUGUCAUUAAAGCGGCUUUAUUUGUGAGUAGCCAUUUCACUAAAUGACAACAAAAAUUGUGCACAUUUUUUUUAUGAAAUAACUGACUAAUUAAAUGUCUAAUUGUACUUAAUUCAGCAUUUUGUUUACAAGCUAAUUUUGUUGUAUGCCUCGACG